AGCGAAACCUAUAAACCCAGAAAAAUCCCUAAAUCCUAAAAAUCCAACGAGAUUAAAUCGGAAACCAUCAAUGUCCGCCGCCAGAUCCGUCCUCCGUUCCGGUGUCGGUCGAGCCGCCGUUGCCGCGUUAAGGUCGACGAAGCCUACGCCUUCUUCUGCGCGAUCUACGUUUAGGAUGCCUAAACAGAGCCCUAUUUCUAACCGCAUUUUCAGAUCUCCGGUGGAAUUGAGCUGCUGCGUCGAGACGAUGCUGCCGUACCACACGGCUACUGCUUCUGCGUUGCUCAAUUCGAUGCUUUCAGCUUCAGGACGCUCCAUUUGGACCAUCCAAGAUUGUAUUGAUGAUGCAUGAUGAAUCUCAUAUGGAGUGCAAGAAUGGAUGCAGUUUUAAAGCUAAGGUGAUGAAGUGACAAUAGCGGUGUCAUGUUUCUUCUUAGGUCAUAAAGAUCAGGUUCUGACCUUCUUCAAGGUUGUCCAUUAAGGAAUCUUAUCAACUCUAACCUAGAAUAUUUGUAAGGACCAACCAGUGCAGUUAAGGUGACUACUUAUUUAGCAAAAACCGGUCCCAAUCC